ACCGCCCCCGCGGCCCCGCCCCUCCACCUAACCUCCCUCCCCUCACACGAACGGCGAACCAACCCAACUCCUCGGGGAGGGAGCCGGGGAAACGAGAGCCUCGGCUUCGCCUCUCCAACCACACCCCACGUCUCCUCCGCCGCCCCUCGCUCCUUAUAUACGCGCGCAGCCCCAGCCCCGGCGGCGACCGGUCGAUCGAUCGCGCGAGGGAAUGGUGGUGCUGCCGGGCGGCGAGGCGGGGGGAGCGGGUAGCGGCGGCGCCCCGGCGGGGUCCGGAGGAGGGGCGGCGAGGGUGAAGGGGUCGUGGACGCCCGAGGAGGACGACCUGCUGCGGCGCGCCGUGACGCGGCACGGAGCGCGGAACUGGAGCGUCAUCAGCGCGGAGAUCCCGGGCCGGUCGGGCAAGUCGUGCCGGCUGCGGUGGUGCAACCAGCUCAGCCCCGGCGUGGAGCGCCGCGCCUUCACGCCGGAGGAGGACGCCCUCAUCGUCUCCGCGCACGCGCAGUACGGCAACAAGUGGGCCACCAUCGCGCGGAUGCUGCACGGCCGCACCGACAACUCCGUCAAGAACCACUGGAACUCCACGCUGCGCCGCCACCGCAGGGCCGCGGCGGCGGCGGCCAACGGCGGCGGGUUGCAGCUGCGCCCGCUCGCGGCGGCGGCGGCGGCGGCGGCGGCGGGCCCUCCGCCCGUCCCGCUCCGGCAUCUGUUGGCGGAGUCGGCGCCGGCGCCCCCCGUCGUCCCGUUCCAGCCCCUGGAUCUCAAGCGGGAGGACGACGGCGACGACGAGGAGGAAGAUGACGAGGACGAGGACGGAAGCAGCGAGGACUCCGUGCUCAUGGCGCCGCCCAAGAAGCGCCCUUGCCUCGGCGCCGGCCACACUACGCAUCCUUCUCUGCUGGGUGCAGUAAAGCCGCCGCCGGAGCACACCAAGCCUCAGCCACCGACCCCGGCCGCCGAACCGGUCACGUCGCUCACCCUCAGCCUGCCAGGCGGCGGCGGGACUGUCUCCGAGACCCCGGCACCGCGCGGCGCUGCGGCGGUGUCGAGCGUGGAUGGAGCUGCGAAGAUGCGGGCGAAGCUGGAGCAGGACUGGCCGUGGCUGCUGCCCGUGAUUCGGCAGAUGAUCGGCGAGGAGGUGCAGCGACACCUGCAGGGGGCGAGCGUGCAGGCCUGCUCGCUCGUCGCGUCGCCGGCGGGCGGGGCCGGCGCCGCCGACGGCCAGGACUGAUCGGCGUGCGUUCUCAGACGACGAACGGACGGGCGGCGGCCCAUCGGCGGCCGAGCUCCACCACCAUCUAACCCCUUUAAUUUGUUGUUUAAUUUCUUGGUUCAUCAUCGCAUGAACAAUGUCCAUCGCCAUCAUCAUAGGUAGGAUCUUAGAACAGUUCCAUGGAACAAAAUUUUACUUACUCCUGCUAGCAGCAGUAAUCCAAGCAAGUUACAGAUCGAGA